AUGAGAACUGAACUGGACGAUGAUGGUGUAGCUAUUAUUUGGGCUAUAUUCAAGAGAGAGUUUCUUAGGAAGUACUUUCCUGAAGAUGUUUGGGGAAGGAAGGAGAUAGAGUUCUUGGAGUUGAAACAGGAUAAUAUGACGGUGUCGGAGUAUGCUUCCAAAUUUGUUGAGCUGGAAAAGUUCUAUGUUCACUACAACAAUGAUGCGGCCGGUGAGUUCUCAAACAGAAUCUUCGAAGAGGACAACAUUAAAGUGAAGUCAGCUCACUCUCGCGAGCUGGUUGAAAAAAGAGGAAAGAAGCUUAUGGACAGAGGUAAGCCGUAUGGCAAAGGAAACCCUAAAGCUGGUGAUUGGAAGAAGCCUAGUGGGGGAGAUUCUAGUGCUCUCAUUAGAUGCUACAACUGUGGUUAUAUUGCUACUGAUUGUAGGAUGGCGAUCAUGACUUGCUACAAUUACAGCAAAGAAGGCCAUAUCAGCCCACAGUGCACUAAGCCGAAGAAGAAUCAGUCUGGUGGGAAGAUCUUUGCUUUGUCUGGUUUAGAGACUACUUCGGAGGAUCGAUUGAUUAAAGAUGCUAGUGUUGAAGAUUUGGCAAUGAUUGCGAGACAAGUAGAUGAAGCAAUUAAAGAUGGGGCAGUCGUGUUUAUGUUAAUUGCAUCUAUGGAACUGAAAGGGAAAGCGGUGGGUAGUGCAUUACUGGUGUCUCAGUUGCGGAAAUACAUUGCGGAUCCGUCUCAUGUGAUCCAAGUGGAUGGUGUGCAAGUGAAGGACAAUUUGACAGUUGAGGCAUUUCCUAUGAGGAUCAAAGACUGGAAGUUGAAGCAGUUGCGUGGCAAAGAGAUAUCAUUGAUGAGGGUAGCUUGGGGAGGAACAACAGGUUGGAUGUUACAUGGGAGGUGGAGAUUCAAAUGA